AUCAAGGCGCCGUACGGCGUGAGGUCCGUCAUGAGAGUCUCAGUGCGGAGGAAGUUAGCAGUAUUUUGUAUCGCAUCACUCCUAGCAAUUCUCGUGGCAUAUAAAUAUGCUCAAAGAAGUACAAAAAGUGACAAAACAAUUCAUUCAGGAGGUUAUAGGGGCUUAAAGAGACGAGAGAUGUUGCGAUUGCCUACCAACAUCUCCUCAUCAAAGAAUGUGAAUGACGAGCCCGUUGCCGUGAUAGGAGGAGGCGGGGGCGUGACCGAGUGGAACAGAUCUGAACCAAUUGUGAUUUUCAUCAACCAGUUCAGUGCUAUGGACUAUAUCUAUGACAACUCAGCAACUAGGUGGGAAAAAGAGUCUCCUUCCUGUCCCACUGUUCGAUGCAGAAUGACUCACAAUGAAAUUGAGCGUGAAACGGCUGAUGGGCUGCUGCUUAAUCGAUUUGUUCCUCUGAGAUUUCGGGAGCAAUUGAAGCGAUACCAUGAUAAGCAGGUUGUGUUUGUGCUGAACAUGGAGGGUGAGAAAGAGCCAGAGUGGCGAGAUCCAGAAAUUACGAGUAAAUUUGACUUCAAAAUUGGAUAUAGUAUUAAGAGCGAUCUCCCCAUGUUGUAUGGAUGUGGAGACUUUGAUGGUAUUGACAUUAUUGACUCCCUCAUUACGCGUUUUGAAGCCAAUCAAAUCAAACCGCCUGUCAAUCGGCACGGACUCGUAGCCAUGAUAUCAAACUGCAUGACCGUUCCUAAUGAUCGUCUGACUGUCCUCCGGGCAAUGAUGAAAUCCCUAAACGUGUCGUCAUUCGGAAAAUGUGAGAACAACAUGAACGUCACUCAGACACGUUUCCUUAACCCCAACUGGCAUCAAAUGAAGCUGGACGUCUUCAAGAAUUUCAAAUUUGGAAUGGCAUACGAAAGCAACAACCUUGAAGAAUACGUCACCGAAAAGAUCUACAGCUGCUUGCACACCGGAGUUAUCCCUAUCUAUCAUGGUGCUCCAGACAUUAAGACUUUCGUUCCUGGGGGUUCGUUCAUCAAUGCGGCAGAUUUUAAGAAUACUGAAGAAUUAAUUCAACACAUUGUUAGUGUGGAUGCCAAUCCUCAACUGUAUGCGUCUUAUUUUAAAUGGGACAUCUCGGCUAUGAAGAGACUUCAUGAGUUGUAUUGCUCCGUGCCUGUGUACUGUCGAUGGUGUGAGAUGGUCGGACGAUUACGACACGAGAAACGCCAGAGACGUUAAGUUAGUUCUUUAUUUAUUGAGAUUUUCAAUGAUGUAUUUUAAUGAUACACUCAAGUGAUUAAAACGGAUUAACUAAUGAAGGCAGUUGACACUGUUGAUUGUCAAUAGUUUUUGAUUCGAAUGCCUUAGUAGAUUGAGAGAGUAUAGACAGUCAAUUAAGUAUCACGUCUUGUUGUGUCUCACAGCAAAUUUCAGUUUGAACAAUUCGACUUUCAAAUUGCUCUACAUCUUGUUUUGACUUGUUUACUAAGACUGCACU